GUUUAUAAUUUACUAUUUUACCAUCAUUAGAAAUUGAACAACAAAAGGACGUGCAGUUGUCUGAAGCAUUGGUUAACUUUCAAAUGAGAUAAAGAGCGCAAUGAAUGUCGAUAUGGGAGACACGAAAGGUGGAGAGGCAGUGGAGGUGAAUGUUUUGGAUGACAUUCUGGAUGGUCAUGUUGAUGAUGAGCUGACAGCUGAAAUAGGAGAGCAGGACAAAACUCCUGCAAAGAAACCUGUAAGGAGCAAGCCAAAGCCAGCAUCUGCAAAGGCAAAGGUUGUCAAACCAAAGGCAAAAGUGACUCGUCCUGUGAAGAAAGAAACAACACAAAAAGUUGUGAAUGUCAAAAAUGAGGAUGGUGCUGCAUCAGUGACUGGUGAACAAAAGUCAACUGAGUGUCUAGAUGUCAUAGACAGCAAGGAUCUAAAGCCAAUAAGUAAAAUGAUUACACAGAAGUCUUCGAACACAAAAAGUAAAGAAGAUAUCAAAUCUACAGAGGCCAGUAAAGAAUCAAAGGAGAAGUCUUCUGUAAAAGUGGUGAAAAAAGCAGUCAAACGACCAGCAAGGAGUAAACCUGCAACAAAAACAGAUAAAGUGAAGAUGACAGAAGAGCCUGUUUCCGAACCUGUCCGUAUGGAGGAGGAGAACUUGGCAGAUGAGUCUGAUGAUAAGUUGGACUUGCUGAUGGAAGACAAUGAGGUCAGACCAGUGGAGCAGUCUCUAGACCAUGUGGACACACAGGACUAUGACACACGUAGUGAGGCUGGAAGUAGUGCAGGAGACGUUACCUCAUUUACUGAUUCAGGCUCAGAUGCUGAGAUGAGGAGUGAUGAUGAUACUGAGGGACCAAGCAUGAGGAAGAAGAAAAGAGGAAUUUCACCCAUUGAGUGGGAUCGCAAGAGUGGUUACAAGGGUGAGGACACAGAGCAAGGGGAAGAUGAAAAAGAUUCUGAGGAGGAAGAAGAGGAAAACAAGAGUGAAGAAAAUGAUAACAAAAGUGACAAGUCUGAUGAUUCGUCCCAGAGGCGUAUGUAUUCAAAGUUGAAAUAUCUGUUCCGAGGAGCACGCUACUUCCUGAUAAAGAGCAACAACCAUGAAAAUGUUGCUCUAGCCAAAGCGAAAGGAGUUUGGUCCACACCUCCACAGAAUGAAGCUAAGCUGAAUCAGGCAUUCAGGAGUUGUGACAAUGUGAUUCUGAUCUUCUCUGUCAAAGAAAGUGGAAAAUUUCAAGGGUUUGCGCGAAUUGUUGAGGAAUCUACCAAAGAUCACCCCCCUAUCCGUUGGGUGUUACCUCCUGGAUUAAGUGCUAGAGCAUUGAGUGGUGUCUUCAAGCUGGACUGGAUCAAUAGACGAGAGUUGUCCUUCACAAAGACUAGUCAUCUACAUAAUUCUUGGAAUGACAACAAACCAGUGAAAAUUGGCCGUGAUGGACAGGAAAUUGAAGCACGCUGUGGAGAAACCGUGUGCAAGAUGUUUCCCUCCGACAAUAAUGUAGAUCUGAGUGCAAUAGUUCGCAAAGCAAAGAAAUCGCGACAUGGAUCUCGAUCGCGUGUGAUAGAUCAUCGCCGAAGAGAACCUUUCAGGGGAGGAGGAGGAGGUGGAGCAAGGAGAGGGGACUUCAAUAGAAGACGACGUUUUCGUGAUGACAUGUUAGAUAGCCCUCGGAGAAAGCGCUUCAGGAGUGACAUGGACAGAGACAAUGGUAUGUACAAGGACCGCAGAAUGGACAGCAGAAGCCCACGCUAUGCAGGAGUGCGACGAGAUACAUUCAUAAAUGGGUCUUACAAUGACUAUAUCCGGGAGUUUGCCCAUGCUCGAGCACCACCACCACCAUUGCAUCACCCAUAUGGCCCACCACCCCCUGGAUUUGGACAUAUGGAAGCAAUGCCUCCAUAUCCAGGCCAUUAUGAACGACCCAGAGAGUUCAUACCAUCUGGACCAGACUACAGCAGCCAGGAAACAGUGACAUCACGUUCCCGUGUCACAGACAAAAGAUCGUAUGAAAGAGAUGUAGAUGAUUUCCUACGUCGAACCUCCCACCCAAGUCGUAGCAGCCGUGAUCGUAGCCGAGACAGAGACAGACAUCGCCACCGUGAUCGACGAUGAUGAGAAAGGAUCUGUCAUAGCUUUUGACUCAAAAACAGUGAUAUAUAUAGGAGAGGAGUGCUGUACAACUGUUGAUACCUGGUCUCUGAGGCAUUUGUCUGCUAUACAGAUAUAACAGACUUAUCGAGGCAUUAGUUGGUAUACAGAUAUAACACACUCAUUGACGUGUGUGUCUGGUGUUCUGGCUGAUGACAUAUAGUCUUUCAGCGUUUGUCUGGUAUACUGGCUUGUAUUACCUACACUCAGAGGCAUUUGUAUGGUAUACGUAUAUAACACACUCCUUGGGGCUUUUUUCUGGUAUACUGGCUGAUAAUACCUAAUUUCUAAGGCAUGUGUCUGGUAUACUGGCCUGUAGUACCUAGUCUCUGAGGCGUUUAUAUGUAUACUGACUGAAAAUACCCAGUCUUUAAGGAGUUUGUUUGGUAUAACAGGUAAUACCUUGUCUCUGAGGUGUUUGUUUGGCGUACAGAUAACACCCAGUCUCUGAGGUGUUUGUUUAGUAUAUAGAUAAUACCCAGUCUGAGGUGUUUGUUUAGUAUAUAGAUAAUACCCAGUCUCUGAGGGAUUUGUUUGGUAUAUAGAUAAUAAUGAGUCUCUGAGGUGUUUGUUUCGUAUACAGAUAAUACCCAGUCUCUGAGGGAUUUGUUUUUGAUAUAUAGAUAAUAUUGAGUCUUUGAGGUGUUUGUUUGGUGUACAGAUAAUUCCCAGUCUCUGAGGUGUUUGUUUGGUGUACAGAUAAUACAGUCUCUGAGGUGUUUGUUUCGUAUACAGAUAAUACCCAGUCUCUGAUGCGUUUGUUAUACUGAUAAUACACAUCCUCCGAGGUGUUUGUUUCCUAUACAGAUAAUACACAGUCUCUGAGGUGUUUGUUUGGUGUACAGAUAAUACCCAGUCUCUGAGAUGUUUGUUUCGUAUACAGAUAAUACUUAGUCUCUGAGGUGUUUGUUUGGUGUACAGAUAAUACCCAGUCUCUGAGGUGUUUGUUUGGUGUACAGAUAAUACCCAGUCUCUGAGGUGUUUGUUUGGUGUACAGAUAAUACCCAGUCUCCGAGGUGUUUGUUUGGUGUACAGAUAAUACCCAGUCUCUGAGGUGUUUGUUUGGUAUGCAGGUAAUACCCAAUCUCUGGUUUAUUUGUUAUACUGAUAAUACACAUCCUCCGAGGUGUUUGUUUGGUGUACAGAUAAUACACAGUUUCUGAGGUGUUUGUUUGGUGUACAGAUAAUAUACAGUCUCUGGGGUGUUUGUUUGGUGUACAGAUAAUACCCAGUCUCUGAGGUGUUUGUUUCGUAUACAGAUAAUACUGAGUCUCUGAUGCAUUUGUUAUACUGAUAAUAGACAUCCUCUGAGGUGUUUGUUAGGUAUACACUUGUUGACUGAGUCGGGGGAACAUGAAGAUUAUCCAUUCAUUUAAAAUUGUCAGUGUUACAUUGAUGCUUUGAGUAGCUACAAGAUAAACUUCUAUGUUCAUAAAUUCAUCCUUCUCAUAUCUGACAUUCAUGCAUUUAUCCACUGUAGUCAUACAUUCACCAAUGUAGGUUUGUAAUUUGUUUGUAAGCUGAAGUAGAGCCUAAUUUUAUGUCACUCAGUGUUCUGUAUGUGAUAGACUAAUGCUUAUUUCAGCAGUGUGGCCAUUCUUCUCAUUUUUGAAUGGGCACUGGAUUGUCCUAGUUUAUACUGACUGACUUGUUUAGUUAGCUGACAAGCAUGGCAUUUGAUAUUUCAGAUUGUGUAAUACAAUACAACACUCUGUAAGAUACUCUGUUUUGUUGUAAUAUUUGUGAUAAUUGUUAAAAAAAGAGCAUGUAUUCAUUGAUGAGAUAGGAGAGGAAAAAAUUAUUUCAUAAAAAGUACUGAGAAAAACA